GAUCACUCCUCUUUCAGAUCUCUACAUUGCUCAGACAGGCGGCUACGACUUCGCGGCCAGGCGAUGCUAACUUCGAAUGGCUCGCGAACAGCAGUCACACAGGCUGUCAGAGCCACAGGGAGAGCACACGCCCUCCCUCGGCCUGCCAGGACAUCUGCAGCAUGGACAUGGAGCUUUGUCCACCACCUGCACUCCUCUCCUUCUGCCCAGGCAGUAGGAUCAUUGAGCAAUUGGCCAAUACGCACCGGUCACUCGUCUCCAGCCUUUCCUGUCCGCCAGUCUUCCUCCCAUGCGGCAUCAUCAGACCCUGCCAUACGACUGGCGCAGCUCACACUGGAUGCAGAAUCUCAAGGCGCAGCUCAGACUGAGCUCGAUACACUCGACCCUUCCAGUGCGGAGUAUGCCCAAAGAGCCAAGGCACUGAGCGACCAAAGAGCUCUCCAGGAGGUGUGGAAGUCAUGGAAAGACUACGAGAGACAAAUACAAAGUGCUGAAGCAAUUCUUUCCAAUGAGGCGGAUGCCGACAUGAAAAUGUUGGCUGAGGAGGAGAUCACAAGUCUGCUUGAAGGCCAAGAGCAGUGCCGAGAACAGCUCGUUGAGGCAAUGUUUCCCGAAGAUCCUCUCCAUGCUUCGGGCGCCAUCAUCGAGCUACGAAAUUCCAUCGGUGGAGCAGAGUCUUCGAUCUUUGUUGCAUCGAUGACGAGGAUGUAUCAGCGAUGGUGUAGCGCUCAACCGGGCUGGUCAGUACAGACCAUGUCGAUGAUCGAGCCAGAGUCUUCUUCCAUGGCAGGCCUGACUGGCCUGCGAGAGGCAAUCUUGCAGAUCGAGGGUCCUGGUGCUUACGGCCGUCUACGCUUCGAAGCGGGCAUCCACAGGGUGCAGAGAGUACCUGCGACGACCAAGGUGGCGAAGCUGCAAAGCAGUACAAUUGCAAUUGUCGUUCUGCCCUACGAUGCAAGUGCCAGCGAGAAGACAGUCGACGACGUGGUCGACCCCAAGGAUGUCAAGACAGAAGUGAUGCGUAGUAGAGGCGCUGGCGGCCAACACGUCAACAAAACUGAGUCAGCUAUUCGCUUGACUCAUCUUCCCACUGGCAUAACCGUCUCCAUGCAAGAUUCACGAUCUCAACAAGAGAACCGCGUCAAGGCUUGGGCCAUUCUUCGGGGGCGGUUGAUGGAUCUCAAGGUGAAGCAGGACGAGGAGGAUGCCAGGAACCUGAGAGGCGAGCAGAUUGUGGGCCUUUCCCGAGGAGACAGAGUUAGAACCUACAACUACCCUCAGGAUCGGGUAACGGAUCACCGUCUACAGAUGUCCCUCUCUGGCCUCGACGCCUUCAUGGAAGGGGAAGAGGAAGGAGGUUUGGGCACAUUCGUCGAUAGUCUUCAACAGAAGGAGCGAGAGGCCAUUGUAGAUGCUCGUCUCAAGACUGCCGCUAAGGCCACGUGAGGAGAGACGAGUGAGGAGCAAAGUGGAGGACAGUGAAAGAAUAGAAUCGGAUGGUUUCGGGUCUGCCGACAUUGUCCCACCUGUCAAGCCAGCCCAAUGAUACCCCAACACUCUCAUGCAGACUGUCAUCCUGUACUUUAUUGCAUCAUCAAACGAACGAACCAACGAAUGAAUGAACGGUCUACCUUGAA